AUGGCGGGGGCCGGGGCGGCUCUGCUCCUGCGGCUCGGCUGCCUGGCGCUGGCCGCGGGCGCGGGAGGUGGAGCUGUCCCCAGGGAGUCCCCUGGGCCUGCUGACAUUCAUGACUACCAGCAGCAGGCACCUGCCCACUCCUCAGCCCCUGCUGAGGCCCCCCAGGAGCAGUGGCACCCGCUGGGGGAGUGGCUGGGGCGGCUGGAGGCUGAGGUGACAGAGCUCAGAGAGCAGAACAAGGAGCUGCAGGCGAGGGUGAGGCAGCUGGAGGCUUGCGAAUGCCGCCCAGCCUCUCCCCAGUGCUCGGGGCUGGGGCGCGCCUGGCCUGAGGGGGCUCGCUGGGAGCCUGAUGCCUGCACGGCCUGCAUCUGCCAGGACGGGGCCGCGCGCUGUGGCCCCCGGACCGACCUGCCCCAUUGCCGUGGCUGCAGCCACAAUGGGCAAGCCUAUGGUGAUGGGGAGACCUUCUCCCCAGAUGCCUGCACCACCUGCCACUGCCUGGAAGGGGCCAUCACCUGUACCCAGAAGCCAUGCCCAAGUGGACCCUGCCCUGAGCCAGGAGCAUGCUGCCCACACUGUGAACCAGGCUGUGAGUAUGAGGGGCAACUUUACGAGGAGGGAGCCAACUUUUUGUCCAGUUCCAACCCUUGUCUCCAAUGCUCCUGCCUGAGGAGCCUGGUUCGUUGUGUGCCCAUGAAGUGCCCGCCCAGCCCCUGCCCUGAGCCAAUCCUGAGGCCUGGGCACUGUUGCCCAAUGUGUCAAGGAUGCACAGAAGGUGACUCUCACUGGGAGCAUGGCCAAGAGUGGACCACACCUGGGGACCCAUGUCAGCUCUGCCGGUGUCUGGAGGGCCACAUCCAGUGCCGCCAGCGAGAAUGUACCAGCCUGUGCCCCUACCCUGCCCGGCCCCUCCCAGGCACCUGCUGCCCCGUGUGUGAUGGCUGUUUCCUAAAUGGGCGGGAGUACCACAGCGGGGAGCCUGUGAGCUCUGAGGACCCCUGCUCCCACUGCCGCUGUGCUAACGGGAAUGUCCAGUGUGAGUCUCUGCCCUGCCCGCCCAUGCCCUGCAGACACCCAGGCAGGAUCCCUGGUCAGUGCUGCCCAGUCUGCGACGGCUGUGAGUACCAGGGACACCAAUAUCAGAGCCAGGAGACUUUCAGCCUCCAAGAGAGUGGCCACUGUGUGCACUGCACCUGCCAGGCUGGCGAGGUGUCCUGUGAGGAGCAGGAGUGCCCAGUCGCACCCUGUGCCCUGCCUGCCUCCGGCCCCCAGCUCUGCCCAGUCUGCGUGCUCCAUGGGGAGGAGUUUGCUGAGGGGGUCCAAUGGGAGCCUGAUGACCAGCCCUGCACUGUCUGCUCCUGUCAAGAUGGGGUGCCCACGUGCAGGGCUGUGCUCUGCACCCCAGCCCCCUGCCAGCAUCCUACCCAGGCCCCUGGUGCCUGCUGCCUCAGCUGUGAGAGCUGCACCUACCAUGGCCAAGUGUAUGUCAAUGGGCAGAACUUCACGGACGCAGACAGCCCUUGCCACACCUGCCGCUGCCAGGAUGGGACGGUGACGUGCUCCUUGGUCGACUGCCCUCCCAUGACCUGUGCCAGGCCCCAGAGUGGACCUGGCCAGUGCUGUCCCAGGUGCCCAGAUUGUGUCCUGGAGAAACAGGUGUUUGUUGAUGGUGAGAGCUUCUCCCACCCCCGAGACCCCUGCCAGGAGUGCCGGUGCCAGGAAGGCCGUGCCCACUGCAAGCCUCGCACCUGUCCCAGGCCCUCCUGUGCCCACCCGCUGCCUGGGACCUGCUGCCAGAAUGACUGCAGUGGCUGUGCCUUUGGUGGGAAAGAGUACCCCAGUGGAGCAGACUUCCCGCACCCCACUGACCCCUGCCGUCUGUGUCGCUGUCUGAGCGGCAACGUGCAGUGCCUGGCCCGCCGCUGCCCGCCGCUGCCCUGUCCAGAGCCGGCCCUGCUGGCGGGAGAGUGCUGCCCGCGGUGCCCCGCCACCGCCGCCGCCCCCACCGGCUGUCCCCGGCCCGGGGACGAGGUCCCCGCCCGCCACCAGGAGCACUUCUCUUUCCCCGGCGACCCCUGCCGCCGCUGCCUCUGCCUCGACGGCUCGGUGUCCUGCCAGCCGCUUCCCUGCCCGCCCGCGCCCUGCGCCCACCCGCGCCGGGGACCCUGCUGCUCCUCCUGCGACGGCUGCCUGUACGAGGGGAAGGAGUUUGCCAGCGGGCAGCGCUUCCCCUCACCCUCGGUCGCGUGUCACGUCUGCCUCUGCUGGGAGGGCAGCGUCAGCUGCGAGCCCAGGGCUUGCGCCCCUGCACAGUGCCCCUUCCCCGCCAGGGGCGACUGCUGCCCUGCCUGUGAUGGCUGUGAGUACCUGGGGGAGUCCUACCUGAGCAGCCAGGAGUUCCCAGAUCCCCGAGAACCCUGCAACCUGUGCACCUGCCUUGGAGGCUUUGUGACCUGCAGCCGCUGGCCCUGUGAGCCUCUGGGCUGCAGCCACCCUCUCACCCCAUCUGGGCACUGCUGCCCAACCUGCCAGGGAUGCUUCUAUCACGGGGUCACUGCUGCCCCUGGAGAGAUCCUUCCUGACCCACUUGACCCCACCUGCUCCCUCUGCACCUGCCAGGAAGGUUCCAUGAGCUGCCACAGGAAGCCAUGUCUUCCAGCUCUCUGCCGUCACCCCUCUCCAGGACCCUGCCUGUGUCCUGUGUGCCGCAGCUGCCUCUCUCAGGGUCGGGAACACCAGGACGGGGAGGAGUUUGAGGGGCCUGCAGGCAGCUGUGAACGGUGUCGCUGUCAGGCCGGCCAGGUCAACUGUGCACGGCUGCGGUGCCCACCCCUGCCCUGCCCGCUCCAGGUCACAGAGCAGGGGAGCUGCUGCCCUCGCUGCCGAGGCUGCCUGGCUCAUGGGGAGGAACACCCCGAAGGCAGUAGCUGGGAGCCCCCGGACAGCCCCUGCUCCUCCUGCACAUGUCAUGAGGGUGUCGUCACCUGUGCCCGCAUCCAGUGUGUCAGUUCCUGUGCCCAGCCCCACCAGGGGCCCAGUGACUGCUGUCCGCGAUGCUCUGACUGUGCGCACAACGGUCGGAAGUAUGAGCCUGGAGAGAGCUUCCAGCCUGGGGCAGACCCCUGUGAAGUGUGCAUCUGUGAGCCGCAGCCUGAGGGCCCUCCCAGCCUUCGCUGUCACCGGCAGCAGUGUCCCAGCCUGGUGGGCUGCCCCCCCAGCCAGCUCCUGCCCCCCAAGCCCCAGCACUGCUGCCCCACCUGUGCCCAGGCGCUGAGUAACUGCACAGAGGGCCUGCUAGGGUCUGAGCUGACCCCGCCAGAUGCCUGCUACACCUGCCAGUGCCAGGACCUGACCUGGCUCUGCAUUCACCGGGCCUGUCCUGAGCUCAGCUGUCCCUUGUUGGAGCGCCAUACCCCUCCUGGGAGCUGCUGCCCCGUGUGCCAGGAAUGCGUGCUGGAGGCCGAGGGCCGGAGAGUGGCAGAUGGAGAGAGCUGGCGGGACCCCAGCAACGCCUGCAUUGCUUGCACCUGCAUUCGGGGCCAUGUGGAGUGUCACCUGGAGGAGUGUCAGGCCCUCUCCUGCCCCCACGGCUGGGUGAAGGUGUCCGAGGCCGGCGGCUGCUGCGAGCUUUGCCAAGCCCCCACCCAGUCGUGCGUGCACCAGGGCCGGGAGGUGGCCUCCGGGGAGCGCUGGGCCCUGGACGCCUGCACCAGCUGCUCCUGUGUUGCCGGCACCGUGCGCUGCCAGAGCCAGCGCUGCCCGCCGCUCGCGUGUGGCCCCGACGAAGCCCCAGCCCUGAGUCCCGGCAGCUGCUGCCCCCGCUGCCUGCCCCGGCCCGCUUCCUGCAUGGCCUUCGGAGACCCCCAUUACCGCACCUUCGACGGCCGCCUGCUGCACUUCCAGGGCAGCUGCUGCUAUGUGCUGGCCAAGGACUGUCGUGGCGGGGACUUCAGUGUGCACGUGACCAACCACGACCGGGGUCGGAGCGGCGUGGCCUGGACCCAGGAGGUGACGGUGCUGCUGGGAGACGUGGCCGUGCGGCUGCUGCAGGGCAACGUGAUCACGGUGGACGGGCGCCCGGUGGCCUUGCCCUUCCUGCAGGAGCCGCUGCUGUACGUGGAGCUGAGGGGACGCACUGUGAUCCUCCACGCCCAGCCCGGGCUCCAGGUGCUGUGGGAUGGGCAGUCCCAGGUGGAGGUGAGCGUGCCUGGCUCCUACCGGGGCCACACUUGUGGGCUCUGUGGGAACUUCAAUGGCUUUAGCCAGGAUGAUCUGCAGGGCCCUGAGGGGCUGCUCCUGCCCACGGAGGCUGCAUUUGGGAAUAGCUGGCAGGUCCCAGAGGGGCUGGAGCCUGGCCGGCCCUGUUCUGCAGGCCGAGAUGUGGAUCCAUGCCGGGCAGUAGGUUACCGUGCCAGGCGUGGUGCCAAUGCCCGGUGUGGGGUGCUGAAGUCCUCCCCGUUCAGUCGCUGCCAUGCUGUGGUGCCACCUGAGCCCUUCUUUGCUGCCUGUGUAUAUGACCUGUGUGCUUGUGGCCCUGGCUCCUUGGCUGAUGCCUGCCUCUGUGACGCCCUGGAAGCCUAUGCCAGCCACUGCCGCCAGGCAGGGGUGACACCUGCCUGGAGGGGUCCUGCACUCUGUGUGGUGGGCUGCCCCCUGGACCGUGGCUUCGUGUUUGAUGAGUGUGGCCCACCCUGUCCCCGCACCUGCUUCAACCGGCAUGUGCCUCUGGGGGAGCUGGCGGCCCAUUGCGUGAGGCCCUGCAUUCCUGGCUGCCAGUGCCCCGCAGGCCUCGUGGAGCAUGAGGGCCACUGCAUUCCACCUGAGGCCUGCCCCCCAGUCCUGGUCAUGGGGGACCACCCACCCAGUGCUCUGCCCAGCCCCAACCAGGAGACCCAGGGGACACCCUAAGCCAGGAUUACCCCCAACCAGGACUCAUCAGACCAGAAGUCUCCCCUUGGUGAGC